UUGACAUUUAUACAAAAAUGACUUGCAGUUACAAGGUCAGCACCCUUUGCAUUAUAGCUUUCCUCCUUAUCUCCCUCACUCUCGCCAAUGCCAUCCGGCCGGAGCCAGCCUUUGCCGGUGUUUCUCCGGUGAAAUCCGAACACAGGGAUAUUGGUCAAGCAAAUAGGGAUGAAGUAGAAGAGAACUGCGUAGGAGUAGAGGAAGAGGAGUGCUUGAUGAGAAGAACACUUGCAGCUCAUAUCGAUUAUAUUUACACCCAGAAAAAUAGUCCAUGAAAUUAUUUACAUGUUUAGUCAUUUUCUUGUUUCGAUAGAUAUUUAUAUAUAUGUGUUAUUUUUAUUUAUUUUUAUGUAAGUAAUAUAUAGAGCAGCCACAUUUCAUUAUUAAUUUCAGGCUUCUGCUAGGUCUGAUACAUAUAAGAUUUUCCUUUGUAUU